AUAUACAUGUAGUAUGGGAGAAAUAUUCAGCUUAGUAAAAGUUUCUGAGGAUAUAUAACAAUGAUGAUGUUCUAUAAUGACACUGAGGAAUCCCAACUUCAGGAAUGGAACGGGCAUAUGGCCCUCGUUUUUAUCCCAGCAACAGCGUUUCUAGCGCUGUGUUUCGUGGUGGGAACUGUUGCCAACCCAACAGUUGUCAUAGUCGUCUUGUUUCGGAUGAAGAGUUCUAGAGAUGAUCGCUAUUUCAUUCCAUUCCUUUCCUUUGUUGAUCUCCUAGGAUUAACAUUAAAUUGCUUGGGAGCCUGGUUGCAGUAUUUUCCCUAUGUUCACGACAACGACAGUCUGUUCAUUCCUUGUAAAUUGUAUUGGUUUGGAACCUCAGGCAUCGCAUCUUUUUCAGCAUUCAUUUUGAUUGCCAUUGCUAUUCAAAGAUAUCUUAAAAUUUGUAGACCACACGGAAAACAGAUGGAUCUGAAAAUCAGACGAUUGUAUUUGGCAGUGGCGUUAUUUAUAUCAGCUAUCAUCGCAUUUCCAUUUACAUUAUUUUACGACAUGGCUCCAAUAGAAAGUCGCAUGUAUAACGUCACUGGGUACAUUUGUUCACGUGGACAGAGCAAGUGGCUGAACAACGAACCUGUCAUAUACAGCGUUACUAUUGCAUCCCUCGUGUUUAUUAACAUUCUUCUUUUAAUGAUAAUCUAUUGUUCCAUAGGAAAAACUAUUUACAGGCAAACGCGUUUAAAGAAUAGACGAAAAUUGAGCGCCAAACGCAGAAUGGGAAGAAUUAAUCUCGAAUCCAGCUUCGAUGUGGAAUCGCUGAACGAACGAGAAAACGUGACUUUGAAAAAUGGUCAAGCUGAUGAUAUUUCAGAAUACUCCGAUUGGACACUGGACAGACGAGGAAACAAUAAGAAAAGAUUCGUUGGAUCGGAGAUGUCCACUUUGCCAGAAUACCCUACAGGGAAUUCCUUUGACCUGGACAAAAUGAGAGACAUCCGAGGUAAAACAAAAUCUCUGCAGCAUUAUCGCCAUCUCCGAAAAAGAAUUGAUCGGUUCACGUGGAUGUUCCUUAUAAUGACAAUGGUGGCAAUGGUCAGUUAUGUUCCUAGAGCUACUCUGCUUAUGUUCGAGUCACUGGACUCCCAAUUUUGGAUAAGUUUUCCAGAUUUUUGGAGAAGUGUUGUGGAGGUAGCUUACCGUCUCCAUGCCUUGCAUCACGCGUGCAAUGCUUUGAUAUACGGGUAUUUUGAUACACGUUUUCGCGCCGAGGUUAAAAAGUUUUGUAAACGGGUGUCUGAAUGAUAAAUGAAAUACUUCUUAGGAUAGGACUGGAAUUCACUGACCUUUACCUGACUUUCUCUCUAUAGAGAUAGAACUGAGAAAAAUUAACUAAAUAUCAAAUAAAUACCAUCAAAGGGACAAUCUGAAAUCUCGCUAUAUUCCUCAAAUAUAGACUUUAUCUAGUCCAUGA